CUGUGUUCGCUUUUGGUUUAUUUUCCGUUUUGUUUUCCCUAAUUUUCCAUUUAAUUUCCAUUACGUUUGUUGUUCGUUUUUCCGUUCUGGUGUCGAGGAGACAAAGAACACGGUCGCGUGUGACGGCGUUGUUUGGUUUCGCGUUCCGUUCCGUGAUUUGUGGGCCAAAAAUCUCGCGUGUCAGCUCCCGUUAAAAAAAUGAAAAGAAAAGAAACGAGAAUGAAAAUUCCGCGGAGCUGUUCCCUUUAAACCACAAUCGACGCGGGGCGUUGUGGGUCGAGUUUUUGUUUCGGAAACGGGCGACAGGAUCGGGUGCAUCAAUUAGCACAGCUCAUCGGGGCCACCGUGCUCGAUGCUCGGAGUGAUGUGAGAAUUGCAGCGAAACUCGGGGCAGAACGCCUAGCGCCUAGUAGCAGUACCGCACCGUAAUUUGGAGACAACGAAUGAAAAAUGCAUGAUUCAGCAGCGCCGCAAUCUUCCGUGUGACCUGCUGCUGGCUGACGGCCGUCGGUGAUGGAUUGAGUGCGCAAAUGAAUGAUUCACGAUUUCGAAACAACGAACGAGCGAAGCAACGACGACUAUAAGCCCGCAGCGUAGCGCAGAGAGAUAAGACAACCGAAAGACGGCAGCGACGGCGCGUGGUGUUUCUGCUCUCAAUAACGCUUUGCAGCAGCACCGCCGUGAGGGUCAAGUUGGGUAAACGAACGAAGCUUCUCGUGAAAAAGGGGCGUUGCAGCCGUCCCGGCACCGAGCUAGCUCCGAUCGCAUCGGUCAUCGGGCUGCUGUUACGGUAGACAAUGGGCGAUGCCAAAGUAAAGCAACCCUUCUUCGGGACGCAACCGCAUCACCAUCACCAUCAUCAUCAUCAUCACCACCAUCAUACCCCCACGGAAGGAUCCUCGUCUACGUCUUCGCCAAAAAACAACGGCGUAACCAUCAUGUCGACGGCAGUGAUUGAUCAGAAACACACCUCCGGCCAGCCGUUGAUGGGCGGUGGCAGCGGAAAGGAUGCGACGGAUACGGGACCAAACGCACAAUCUCCGGCCGGAAAAGACCAGAAGAGCCCUGGCGGUCUCAAAUACGAGCAGCUAAAGCUGCGCAAGCAGGAACUUCAAAAGUUGUUGAAUGAAAAGUAUAGCGAAUUGCAACAGAUCAAACGCGAAGAGGCGCAGCUGAUCGGAAUGUAUCCGAGUGACUUUAGCUGCGGCAUCGGUUCAUCGGACGGACCGGCUGGCACGGCGGCCGGUGCUAACGGUGUCGGUAGCAACGGUAGCGCCCCAACACUACGUCGCAAGAUUGGCACUAGCUUUAAACUACCAGAGAACCUGCUGAACAAUCGCGAGGAUGACAUCAACAAGCUGCUGCUGGAAAAGCAGAUACAGGUGCAGAUAUCGGAAGCCUCAUUACGGCUGGCAAACGACAGUGGCCAGUCAAAGUCCGUGCGUCGUACACACAAGCAGAGCUACGAACAGGCACAGCAGAAACUGUUGGCAAUUAAUCAGAAUCUCAGUGUGCUGAAGAAACGUCAGCAGCAACAGCAGCAGCAACAACAGCAGCAGCAGCAGCAGCAACAAUCGCAGCAACCUUCUCCCCCAGUAGAUCACAAACCUUCUAGCCGAGAUGAUAUCGAUCUGCACAAGACGGCGCAAGUGAAUCGCUUCCGAUCCAACAGCAACAGCAGCAGUAUGCUGAUGCAUCUGUCCGAGCGACGAAACUCGAUCAAAUCGACGGGAUCCUCCAACGCAUCUGGGAGCGUUGCCGGACAACAUAAUCUGCAACAUCAUCUGCAUCAACAGCAGAUACAGCAACAGCAUCAACAAAUGUUGCAGGUACAGAUACCUCCCGGACAUUUUCAUCAUAAUCCGCACCAGCAACACCACCAGCAGCAGCAACAGCAGUCGCAGAAGCAACAAAUAUCGCCAUAUUCAAUACAUAGUGGCAUUCUGCCUUCUGGAUCACAAAGCAUGACACCGGCUGCCUCGGCCGCGAUGAUUUCGCAGCUAAACAUGCUACGACAUCGAGCGCGAACGGAAAGCUUUAGUGGACUGGUGUGCUACGAUUCACUUUCGGCCGGAUCGGCUACUGAACUGAGCGUGAAAAUGUCUCCGAUUAGUGCGAACGGUAGCAUCCACAGUGGUGGCAGUAUGAGUAGCCAGGCCUUAGGUUCAUCGCAACUGCACCAUCAUCAUCAUCAUUAUCAUCAACAGCAGCAGCAGCCACAGCCACAGCAACAAGUGAUGGUUGGACCGGGCCCAUCACGAAUGAAUCGAUUGAUUCAGCAACAAAUUGGUGUUAACUAUAGUCCACCACCUGGCGUCAGCAGUGCCGGUUACGUACUUUCCCCUACUGCUAGUGGUGUAGGUUCACCUGGGGGGAAUGCUAUGGCAAAUUCCGGUGGCCAAGCAUUUGUAUAUGACGCCAAAGUGAUCUCCCGCCUGCAGAGCAGCGUAAAUAGCAAUAUUCAAAAUCAUUCCUCUCCCCCUCCACCCCAGUCAGUGCGAGCCAGUACGAUCCUUCAUCCCAAUCACCAGCACAGUCUGAACGAUCAAAACAUUAGCCCCAACACGAACUCCAUCACAACACCAACAGGCGGUGGUGGCGGUUACGCUGAUCACAGGCUGCAGGCUGACCCUACGACGAACGAAGCCCCUGCCGGAUUGGGUGGUUACUGGAUGACAUUGGACAGUGGAGAGAAGGUUUGGUGCUCGGUGGACAAUCGGCAGUUUUCGAGCCUCGAUCGAAAACAGAACGGCGGAGCGGGAGGAGGCAGUAUGAAGCUUUCACGAACCAGCACCAAACUGAACGCAGCUUCCAAACCUUCUGGCCAGCUGCAACCUUCGGUGAAGUCUUCCUCACUGGGUAACUUUCAAGAAUACAUUGGCAAAGGUUCACCACAGGAUGAUGAUCCAAUGUUCAACGUGCAACCGGAUGCAAUUUCUGUAACUUCCGGUUCCAGUGAGCAUAAAAAGCGCGAGAAGGUGUGGCGUGAAACGUCGCUAGACAGUCCGCUGCUAAAGCAUAAGGCGCUACCACCUGCACCUCAAUCGCACACGACAAACUCCUCCGCCAGUCCGGGUUCAGCUGCAGGAUCGAUGAUGCCGAACGGUCCUAUGCUCCACAACCCGAAUGCGCUCUCGCCACACUCUCCUUCGCACUAUCACCAUAACGUCGGAACGAUCGGCGGUAUGGGUAGUAGCAAUCCCACCGUUCCGUUGCAUAUCAACACGAAUAUGUCGGCCUACGGUUCAACGAUGGCAGGACCUUCGACACCUUUACUGCUUUCACCCCAGCAAAUGCGUUACUAUCAGCAACGGCAGCAACAACUUGUGGAACAGCAGCGCCAGAGACAGAAGCAACAGCAGCAGCAGCAACAGCAGCAGCGAGCGCUAAUGGAAGGACAACAGAAACUAAUACAUAGCCCAACAUCCGCUAGGCAUGGCCAAACUCAUGUUUCGAGCGAUUCCGGUGGCGGGGCUUUGCAGCCACCGCUUACAAUGAUGACUGCGAAUGCUACAUCUACCGCUGCCCUUACCACGACAACGAUGGAACAUUACAACGCUUAUCACUAUCAGCAACAGCAACAGCAUCAGCAUCAAAAGCCUUUAAACCCACCACCCUAUCACUCGCGGCACCAACAUCCUCCGCCGCCACCGUUACCACCUCCGAACCAACAUCAUUACCACCACACCAGCCAACAGCGCCUGCUACAUGCUCAACCACAACCUCCUGCACCACAUCCGCCUGCUCCACCGCAGCAUCUUGAUCUACUGUCGCACCAAUCGUACGUAGAGCACGACGGUCCGAUGGCAAGCCAUCUCUCGCCAUCGGGAAUGAGCACUCGAUCAUCUCAUCAUGCAGCGGACGGAGGCGGGAGUUACUAUCAUCACGGCACACUAUCAUCCCGCCAUCCCGAUCUCGUCAUCUCUCCAACGCUCUCUCAAACCUCGUCAUCGCACACGCUCAUCUCGCCAACGACGAUCGUGCAAGCACUACCCAUUGGUGCCCGGACGGAAGAGCGUGGCAGCAAUUCACCGUCGCCCUCAAUGCAGCAGCCAUCGGUGACGGAUCAGUAUGGUGGUCAGAAGUCGGACAUACAGAUGGAAUCGCCGAAAAAUAUGACCGUUGUGCAGCAGGGCAAAAUAAUGCCCUACAAGGAGGUUACCAAACCGUUCGAAAUGUCCGACUUCUACAAAUACUCCACCAAGUAUCGACAGAAGCAGCAGCAACAACAGCAGCAGGAACAGCACCAGCAACUGCAGCAAGAUCAUCAACAGAUGAUAGACCAUCGGAGUCCUGUUGGGCAGCAGCAGCAACAGCAACCGGAGGUAGAUGAUGAAGGUUCCGGGGAUGGCAUUCACAAAGGUAUAUACCAACCACCGAAUCGAUCAAUUUGUCAGCCUAUUAACAAUUACAAUUAGGAGCGUGGCGAAAGACGACAUCAGAGGCAAGCAAUUUGAAACGGAAAAGAUUUCAUUGACAGAGUAGAGGGUGCAUUUUUUUAAAUGUUAAAUAUGUAGCGUCCCCUCCCCAGUAUAUUAGCCAAUGAUUCAUGGUCAAAUGCCGUUAAAAUGAGCAUCUCUACAAUUGUACCUGUUGCGUUCCCAACUAUUGCAGAUACGGGAACUUUAAUGAUAGCGUUCAAGAUAAGCGAUCAAGGUAUGGUGUGUUUGUCCAAGUCGAUUCCAUUUUGCGAUAUGUUUUCUGUUAUCGCAAACACUACCACUAGCAGAAUGCUGUUCUGAACCGUGCAGGAACGCUCCCUUAUCGUUUCCACUCUCUAGGUGAGAAUUCUGAGAAGAAGAUGCAGGUUACUUGGUGGCGCUUCGUUCUCCGAUUACCUUGAGCUCGUAGCAAGGUAAAGCAGGACGAGUGAAGUGAAUUUAUUCUACCAUACACAGGGUAGCAUGUACUCUGGACACGGUAUAGGUAGCCUGUUGAUUUCAACGUAGGAUUCUUGAGAGAAAAAAGAUUAAUGGGAUGAAUAUCCUUUGCUUCGACAUUACACUACCUGCCAAUUCCAUUUUCCUCGUGGUAUCAGCAAAAAAAACUCAUAAACCUGAAAUCUGGUUGAACAUGAUGAACAAUUUCCUCCUUAAAAGACUUACAAAAUCUACAGGUAGUAUCAUGAUCAUGCUCCCCUAGAAAGAGUAACUGAAGAACAACAAAAGACUGCAGCUUCAUACCACAUGUUCGACGGCGGCUAAAGAUUAUCAAAUCUUGGCCGUUAUCUACGAUAGCUAUUCGGUUUAGUAGAGUAAGUGUGGAUGACGCGUUCUUUCGAGAGGAGCCACUAAUAGCUAAACAGAGACUGUACAGCGCGGCCUUAUGAGUGGUAACAGUUCAAGAACAGGUACGGAAAACUAACCGGAGAUAGAGGAUUGGAGCUUUUCCACCAAAUAAUUGUAGAUCAAUCAUCAAGUGAAAUGAUGUUUAGUGUUUAGUUUCCCCAUAGAGAUAUUACUUACGAUUGCAGCAAGUAUAUGUUUUGUAUUUAACGCAAAAAUAUCAGGGCCAGAUACCUGGUGGCAUACAUAUAGAAAAUGAAAAACUAGGCUAGACUCAGAUUGCUCUUGAAUAGAUUGUAGAAAUGAUAUAAACCUUAAUUAUUAGGUAGUUGUAGUGUUGUAUCUUGGAUCAGUUCGCUUAGCUCUUCAACUCGGACAAACGUAAUGAUAACAGUCUGCGAAUGGGUAGCGAGUCCAACUAAACUGGGUAGAUUCUAUACUGUUUUGUAAGCAUACGUGUACUGUUGACUGAUAGGUGCAGUUAUUUGUUUAUUCCUGUUCGGAUAAGGCGAAGCUCUACUGUUAGAUGGAAUCAUGCGGAGGCAAUCAUAAACGCAGGAACGCUUCUUUCUACUGUUGACAAUAUAGGGAAGAACGAGCUAAGUCUUAUAUAAUAAGCGGGAGUGAUAUACAGCAAUUUACAGAAUAUUGUAAGACGCUAAGGGGAUCGUCUGAUCGGUUGAUUGGAAAAUAUAUAAAUUUUUCAUAAAG